CUUCUCUCUACCUCAGCCAAUGAGAGUCGUCUAGACUCUUUCCCUGCAAUACUUUGCAUGCCUGAGAUAAAGAACUGAAUGCAUAACUUCAGACGUUGUAGUGCAAGUACAGGCCUGUUCGUGCUCGACAGGUCAAGUUUGUCUCCAUUCCAGUUAUAAGAUCUCGAGAUAUUCCAAGGUACUUACCGGAACCGUACAACUGGAGUACAUGAAGACGUGAUGUUGGGAGGUGCAUUUGGCCCGUGCGCCCCAUUCAGGUCGAAUUUUAACCCAAAAUCCAGGGACUUGGGUCCAACACACCCAGAAACGGAGAUGGAAUUUCAAGAUUUCUGAACAAAUGCGCAUUUUCCCACCGCAACCAUCCCCCGAGUUGAGACUAGACUAUGCAAAUCCUUCCUAGAAUUGCCAGUUACUAUUAUGCUUGCAAAAAGCUUCGCGACUAAAACUUUACUUUCCGUUUGAAUUCUGCCGUCGCCAGCGCGAACGAGGGGGCCAUGGGCGAUCUUAUCGACACAGGCGAUGGGGAGGACAACGUCGAAAAUGUGAUGCAGAGAUUAAUUGAUGAAUUCAGUGCCAGUUUGGACACAUCCCUCAUCCAUGCCAUUGCCUCGGAUCAUGAUAUCCCAACAUCCUACAACCAAAUUAGAAACUUGUUGCUCCCACUUGCCGAGAAUGCCCUGAUUGAAGAGGCUACUGGCUUUGAUCCUAGCGGCCUGGCGUCCCUAUCCGACCUUGCCAGCCUUCGCUUUGAUGACACCACAGACGACACAAUUCCAGUGUCGCAGUCAUCAGGAACCGAGGUCACUACUUCAAAUUCUGAUCACUCAGAUGUCCUCGAGGCCUUGCGCUUCACAGAUGAGACCGACCUCUCCGAGGAUGAAAAAAUAGCCGGCCUCAGGACGAUCUUCUCUAAUUUUCAAGAUCACACGAUUAGAUUUGUCUUGAAACAGGCAGGUGGUGAUAUUGAGAGGGCGUUCGAUGAGCUUCUCAACCGCCAAUAUCUCGACGAGAAUGGGGAACUAGCCAAAGGGGUCGACGGAUUCUACCUCCCUGGGGAGGAGACGAGACGCAAGAAAGCAGGCGAACGGGUCACACAGCAGAAGUCUAGACCCGCCAAACUACAAGUCGAGUACUCUGUGACCCCGCAUCUGCAAGACGUAGAUGAGCUGGAGGGUGCCCAGGGCUUUGUGAAACUCCGGCCGCGCCCAGGUGCCCAAUCCUCGAAGUCCGUCGUGCAGCGAACAGUCGCCAAGCCAUCUCUCCCUCUCCCACCACUGGUCCAGCGACCAGAUGGCUACACCAGCCAGCAAGGACGGAAAGCCAAUGGUCCAAUGCCGGCCACCACGGGAUGGCAGGUUGUAGCUAAGAAGCAAAGGGCAAUCACACCAGCGACUGCUGCUCCUGUUGAUCCCGCUCUGGCCGAGACGGUGCCCAGAUCCAAUGCUCAGACCGCUGCAACUCUUCGCCGCAAGGGGGCCUCCAACCCCCUCUAUCGACAAGCUGCUGGAGUCUAUGCGGAGAGGAUCCGAGAAGACCGCCGAGCGGCCCAAGAAGCAGCAUCUGUCUCCUACAACCAAUUAGUCGAUAGCCAAAGCACUCCUCUGAAAAUCGACCUCCACGGCGUCCCCGUUAUUGACGGAGUCAGGAUUGCGAAGAACAGAGUCCGACGCUGGUGGGAGGCUCUCAACGAGGAAGACCGGGAACGAAAAGCAACAGCCUAUGGCUUUACCGUCGUUACUGGUGUUGGCCAUCAUUGCAGUGGAGGCGUCUCCCGGCUGCGACAAGCUGUCGGAACUGCGCUGAAGAAUGAUGGCUGGAAGAUGCAAGUGUUUACUGGGGAGUUCUUCGUCACUGGAAGAACUUGACCUUUGGAUGCUUGCAUUGGUUUGCCCAAGAUCUGGAGAGGAUCAUGGUUGGGACAUGAAAGAUUUAAGACAACUGUGGGAUUCUGUUCUUGCACCAAUUUUAGAUGAUGAGGGUUGCAGCAUUUGCAAAGUUACGAUGUCUGGAUGUCUGGAUGACUGGAAGACGGCAGAAUUAAGCUGUUAUUUGUAGACGGAAACAACGGCCUGCGCAUGUUUUGGGGCGUGGAUCUGGGGUCGCAUUGCUGGAUGUUGGAGUUUAAGUAUUUGCUUCCAUGGUGGCAUUAUUUGAAGAUACCCAGCCAUAUCCUAGGUCAGGUAGUGUGCAAACCGACGAUGAUGAUUAACUUCA